AUGGCUGACGCCAACGGAAAGCGCCACAGCUCUGACGACGGUCAAGCUGCGUACGAGAGGCGGAAGAAGAUGAAGACGGACAGCCCCGACAUCAAAAUGGAAAAAUACGAAAGCAUCGACGACAAGGUCAAGGCCAAUCCCUACCUUGCCCACAUGAACAACGGGGGCGGCGACGAGCCCUUUGCCGACUUCGAGACCCGUAACACCACAGCCAAGCAGGCCGCGGCUGUUGAGGACCUCACCCACAACGCCUUCACCGGAAAGGAGCAUACGAAGAAAUAUUUCGAUAUUCUGCGUACGCGUCGCGACCUUCCAGUUCAUAAGCAACGCCAGGAGUUUCUUGACAAGUACCACUCGACACAGAUCCUCGUCUUCGUUGGUGAGACAGGUUCUGGCAAGACGACACAGAUCCCGCAGUAUGUCCUCUACGACGAGUUGCCCCAGCGCAACAGGAAACUCGUCGCCUGCACACAACCGCGUCGUGUGGCUGCCAUGUCCGUUGCUCAGCGUGUCGCCGACGAGCUCGAUGUGCCUCUAGGUGACGAGGUUGGUUACAGCAUCCGUUUCGAGGACAAGACCAGCCCCAGAACAGUGCUGAAGUACAUGACUGACGGCAUGCUGCUCCGCGAGGCCAUGCACGACCAUCAAAUGUCCCGCUACAGCUGCAUCAUUCUUGACGAGGCCCACGAGCGCACGCUAGCCACCGAUAUCCUCAUGGCCCUGUUGAAGAAUGUCGCCCAGCGCCGUCCUGAUCUGAAGAUCAUCGUCAUGUCUGCCACCCUCGAUGCCCAAAAGUUCCAACGCUACUUCAACGACGCCCCCCUUCUUGCAGUUCCGGGUCGCACCUUCCCUGUCGAGAUAUUUUACACCCCUGAACCAGAAAAAGACUACGUCGAAGCUGCCAUUCGCACUGUUCUGCAGAUUCACGCCUCCGAAGGCGAGGGAGAUAUCCUUGUUUUCCUGACGGGCGAGGAGGAGAUUGAAGACGCGUGUCGCAAAAUCAACCUCGAGGCUGACGAAAUGGUUCGCGAGAUUGACGCCGGGCCGCUCGCUGUUUAUCCGCUUUACGGCACCCUGCCGCCUGGUCAGCAGCAACGCAUCUUCGAUAAGGCCCCAGCACCAUUCAAGCCUGGUGGCCGUCCCGGCCGCAAGUGCAUCAUUGCGACAAACAUUGCAGAGACGUCACUGACCAUUGAUGGUAUCGUAUACGUUGUUGACCCCGGUUUCAGCAAACAAAAGAUCUACAACCCCCGCAUCCGCGUCGAGUCUCUUCUCGUGUCCCCUAUCUCCAAGGCGUCCGCGCAGCAGCGUGCUGGUCGUGCUGGCCGAACAAAACCCGGCAAGUGCUUCCGUCUAUACACGGAGCAGGCCUUCAAGAAGGAGCUCAUUGAGCAGACGUACCCUGAGAUUCUGCGUUCGAACCUGGCCAACACUGUUCUCGAGCUGAAGAAGCUGGGCGUCGAGGAUCUUGUCCACUUUGACCUCAUGGAUCCCCCUGCGCCAGAGACGAUGAUGCGCGCCCUUGAGGAACUCAACUACCUGGCAUGCCUUGACGACGAGGGCGAGCUCACGGCCUUGGGCAGCAAGGCCUCCGAGUUCCCCCUCGACCCAGCACUUGCCGUCAUGCUCAUAUCAUCGCCCGAGUUCUAUUGCUCCAACGAGAUCCUUUCCAUCACAUCCCUCCUGUCAGUACCCCAGAUCUGGAUGCGCCCUGCCGCUAGCCGGCGUCGCGCCGACGAGAUGAAGGCACACUUUACGCAUCCCGAGGGCGAUCACCUGACGCUCCUCAAUGCCUAUCACGCCUUCAAGGGUGAAAUCCAGAAGGGCGCGGACGUCAAGCGCUGGUGUCACGAUCACUUCCUGUCCUACCGUCACCUUCAGAGUGCCGACAAUGUGCGCGCCCAGCUCAAACGCAUCAUGGAGACGCACGAGGUUGAGCUCAUGUCGACGCCGUUCGAAGACAAGAACUACUACAACAACAUUCGUCGGGCUAUGCUCGCAGGCUUCUUCAUGCAGGUCGCUUUCCGUGAGAGCUCUGGCAAGGUGUAUCGUACCAUCAAGGAUGACCAAGCCGUCAUGCUUCACCCGUCCACAGUCCUCAAGACGGACUACGAGUGGGUAGUCUACAACGAGUUCGUACUCACCUCCAAACAGUACAUCCGUACCUGCACCGGCGUACGCCCAGAGUGGCUUCUUGAAAUCGCACCCACCUAUUAUGAUCUCAGCACAUUUACCAAGGGUGACGCAAGGUCAGCGUUGGUCCGCGCGUCAGAGAAGAAGCGCCGCAAGGAAGCUAUGAAGGCGGGACGGUAA